AUGACACGGCUACGGCUGGUCGGUUGGCCGCUGCUCACACCAGGAUUGAGCGAGCAGGCAUCGAUAUGCACUCGAUGCGCCAGGACGCUGGGACAGAAGCAGACAAUCGCACAACGACUAGCCACAUCGGCAACCCUCACACCAAGGCGACACAUAUCGGGCUCACGGUCCGUCAGGCAGACGGCGCAAGAGUUGGAUGGACGAUAUUUUUGGGCCAAUGGCGCCGAGUCGAGGAUGGCCGGUAUACGCUCCAACUGGACAGAGGCCACCAAGGCAGAGAAACAUAAGACUGCUGCUUCGGCCAUAUCACAGGCUGAGAGCAUUACAACCACAACGACGACACAGCAACAGCCUCUCGACACACCCUCCACGCGGCCACGGCGGCGACGACAGACAGCUCCCGAUGGUCUUGUACCAGAGCUACCACCUGAUGCCUCGAGUGCUCUGUCCAGCAUUGCUGCUCAGGCCGCCCCUACCUCUUUGCGCCGUCGCAUGGCCACCUACCUCGCCCUCACCAAGCCACGCCUGGCUUUCCUCGUCGUCCUCACCACCACCGCCUCAUAUUCGCUAUACCCUGUACCCUCUCUCCUCUCCACUGCAGCUACCCACACUCCCUCUCUGAGCAGCUUGACCCUGCUGUUUCUCACCACCGGCACAUUCAGCACAAUCGCAUGUGCGAAUACGCUGAACAUGCUGUUCGAAACUAACCACGAUGCCAAGAUGACUCGCACCCGCAACAGACCCCUGGUGAGGAGACUAGUGAGCCCUCGAGCUGCUGUACUGUUCGCUCUGGCUGCUGGUGCUACGGGUACUGCCAUCUUGUGGUAUGGUGUCAAUCCGACCACCGCUAUGCUGGGUGCCGCCAAUGCCGUGCUAUACGCCUGCAUCUACACUCCUCUCAAGCGCAUACAUCCCGUCAACACUUGGAUUGGUGCUAUAGUCGGUGGCAUCCCGCCAUUAAUGGGAUGGUGCGCCGCCGGCGNNGGACACUACAUAACCUCUUCAUCACCACAAUCGCUCGCCGACGAAGCUUCGGCUCUUCUCUUUAGUCCAGCAUCUGCAGGUGGCUGGCUACUAGCUGCUUUACUCUUUGCCUGGCAGUUCCCUCAUUUCAACGCUCUUUCCCACCCGAUCCGCCAUGAAUACUUUGCUGCUGGUUACCGUAUGCUGGUAUCUUUGAAUCCGCGCAUGAAUACUCGAGUUGCGUUGCGCUAUUCUCUGCUUAUGUUCCCCAUCUGCAUUGGCCUUAGCUAUGUCAACGUCACAGACCGUUAUUUCGUGCUCACCUCUUCAGCGAUCAAUGGCUGGAUGGCCUAUGAAGCAUUCCGCUUCUGGCGCAGUGGAGGUGGAGAAUCCAAGACUGCGGUCUUGACGGCCAGAGGUCUGUUUUGGGCGUCUGUGUGGCAUUUGCCGUUGGUUCUUGUGUUGGCUAUGGCACACAAANAGGGGCUUUGGGAUGGUGUUGCCAGAAGUGUCAAGGGUAUGCUAGGGUAUCCUGACGAAGAUGAGGAGUGGGAGUGGGUGGAUGAGGAUGAGUAG